GUACCAACUUGUGUACCCCGCUUCGAUGGAUCUAAUAGCGCUCAAAUAUGGCCUCGGACGGCAGUAUGCUGCUCUGGACCAAGAGACCCGGAUCAACAACCUAAAGACGGGGUUCGCAACCAACGUCAUCUACACGCUGAGUUUGCUCUUCGUCAAGGUCUCGAUCCUAUGCCUGUACAUCCGGGUCCUCACCUACGACAGCGUCCGCCGGGCGGCGCAGGUGCUGCUCGUCGUCGUCUCCGUCACGCACGCCUGGAUCAUCGCCUCCCUCUUCACCGGCUGCAUCCCCCUGGCCGCUCUGUGGGACAAGACCAAGUACGAGAACCGGUACUGUCAUCCCGGGAGCGUCUACUACAGCCACUCCGGCAUCAACAUUUCCACCGACUUUCUCAUCUUCAUGCUGCCCUUGGCCGUCCUGCACCGGAUCCAUGCCCCACCAAGGCAGAAGAUUGCCCUCUACUGCGUCUUUCUGCUCGCCUUUUGCGUGUGCAUCAUCUCUAUCGUCCGGUUAAUCGAGCUCUUCAACAUCCGCUUCAUCAACACCCUGGCCGACAUGACCAGGAACGCCGUCAUCGUGGCCAUCCUGAACAUGCUCGAGGUCAACACGGCCGUCGUCUGCGCCUGCAUCACCACCAUCAAACCCAUGCUCGCCCGCUUCUGUCCUCGGGUGUUCGCCUCCGACCCCAGAGGGAGCGCGACCACGACCGGCGAGUCCGAGGCCUGGAGCGGCGAGCUGGAGCGGGCCCGCGGCCGCCGCCCUCCGGGCCUGGAUGAUCGGCUUGCCUACCGUCUCGACGGCGCCAUGGCGACGGUCGGCGAAAAGACCGAAGAGCCUUCGCGCGGGGAGGCGACAGCGGCAGGAAGGUGAUCAGAUUUCUUGGGAUGUGAUUUGGAGAUUAUGACGUUCGGGAUACUGUAUUCUUUCUGAUGAGAUAAUCACCGGUUGCUGGCCAACAACUGUCGCUAUACAUCUUAUGACAAGAUAAUAUACCUAAAUUAAUCAUUCAAG